UGAACCAACAAUACAUAUGACAAAAAUCUCUUUCUCUUUCACCUCCAUAUCUUAUUAACUAAUAUUAGUAACAGAUAGCGUUACUUGGAAGGAGGCGAAGCCAUGCGUCCCGUUAACCGCCGCCUGCCCGCCUAGUGGAGUGUUUUGGAGCUUUGAGUUGAGAGCACCCAAACCAAAUAUUAUCAUCAACUUCCCUUUCCCUAUUCGUCCUUUUCUAUCAAACCCCACCUCCUUUUUUCACGUCAUUUAAAAAAAAAAAGCAGAAUAAAUAAAUUCCUCUCCCACUCACACUAUAAAUAUCACCCACUACAAAUCCUUCUUCUUCACUAUUCUUCUUCUUGUUUCUUUUAUUGCAGUGGAGAGAGAUGGGAGAGAAUAGCAGUGUUAAUCUUCCUCCAGGGUUCAGGUUUUAUCCAACUGAUGAAGAGCUUGUGGUUCAUUUCCUUCAACGCAAGGCUGCCCUGUUGCCUUGCCACCCUGAUGUCAUCCCUGAUCUUGAACUGUAUCCCCAUGAUCCUUGGGAACUUGAUGGCAAAGCUUUGGGUGAGGGGAACCAAUGGUACUUUUACAGUAGGAGGACGCAAAACAGGAUUACCGGCAAUGGGUACUGGAAGCCAAUGGGAAUAGAAGAAGAUGUUAUUAAUAGCAGAAGCAAGAAAGUUGGCAUGAAAAAGUAUUUGGUUUUCUACAUUGGAGAAGGCCCGGCUGCCAUCAAAACCAAUUGGAUAAUGCAGGAGUAUCGUCUUUCCAAGUCUGAUUCUAGCUCCACCAAAUCAUCCAAACGCCGAGGACAUUCCAGAGUAGAUUAUAGCAAGUGGGUUGUAUGUCGAGUUUAUGAAAGAAAUUGUAGUGAAGACGAAGAUGAUGGUGAUGAUGAUGAUGAUGGAACACAACUGUCAUGCUUGGAUGAAGUGUUUCUAUCUUUGGAUGAUAUGGAUGAAAUAAGCUUGCCAUUCAACUAGCUAAUUGGUGGAGCAAAUAUUUGGGAAGAUCUUAGCUAGCUAGGGUUAAUUCCAUUCCCAUCAAAAAAGCUUUAUCCAAAUGUAGAAUGUUGACAAUAUUGUGUUUCUUGGGAAAUGGUAUUACUGUAGCUAAGUAUAUUAAUGCUACGGAGUGGACUAUAUAGACCAUAUAGUACUACUUGAUAUAUUAUAUAUGGCAUUGUAUAUUUCUGGAAUUCACUUUCACUGUUUUACUACCGAAA